AACACGGGGCGCACAAUCGCAGCUCCGCAUCGCUGCAAAGCCCACACGCACCUCACUCCCGUCAGCGCCCGCUGCUGCUGCUGCUGCUGCUGCCUGAGUGUCCUGGAUUUACCGCGGAACAAAGGGAGCCACACCAGUCCCCCUUCGUCCUGAGGAGGUACGGCCGCCUUUCUCCAGCACACCGGUGGGAGACGCGUUUACGGAGCUUUUUCGGGAUAAAAACGCUCGGCAGCAGGUCAGUGAUGGUCAGUGGUGGUUAGGACCUGUGGCCGAGGAUGUCAGCUUCAGAUUCGGACUACUCCAUUGACUGGCUGGCCAGCGAUGACGAGGAGGACGUCGACAGCGAGGUGGAAUCAAAAUGCGAAAGAACGCAGGGGGUGCUGCCAAGCGCUUGUGUGUCUGAGGACAGCCCUCGGACCUGCAAGAGGAGCGCGGACAGCCCUGUGACGGACAAGGAGGCCAGAAGCUCCAGGAGCAGCUCCCCCUCCAGCUGCACGAGUUCCUUGUACAGAGCAGAUGGGGAGCUAUCUCCCCCAAGAGACAAUGAGGACAGGUCUGGCUACAGCCACACCUCGGAAAGCCCUAAAGGCAAAAGCAGGCAGGCACAGAAGAGAGCGUGGAGCUCGAUGGUGGUGCCGGAGCAAAAAGAACGACAUCUCACAGCUUGCCGGACCGAGAGGGACAGGCUGUUUGCAUGCAAGUGUGUGGAGUUGCAGUGCUACAUUCACCCGCUGUCCUCCAUCCUGAACGGCCUCCGCUCUGGCAGAUACAGAGAACGGCUCAGCACUUUCCAGGAGAGUGUGGCCAUGGAUCGGAUCCAGAGGAUAAUGGGGGUCCUGCAGAAUCCGUGCAUGGGUGAGCGGUAUGUCAACAUCAUUCUGAAAAUGGAGGAAAUGCUGAAGAGCUGGUUCCCUCACAUAAAACCUCACCAACAAGCCACUGCCAUGGAGCUGACGCAAGAGACCGCCCCACUGAAGAAACCCAAGUUGUCACAGUCAUCCUCUGCUCCAGCCCCCAUGUCCACCGGUCUGGUUAACCCUGCAUCUAGCAGUGCUCCUCACAUGGGCGCCAAGGCCAUGCGGGUCAGUGACCUCACCCCCCCCGGACCCUACUCUGCCACCAACCUGAAAUGGCUCCACACGUCUCCGAUCUGCUCGCCAACAGCCGAGCAGGCCCAGGGAACAGUCCGGAACUUUCUCACAGCCCACAGAAACAAGGACGUAACGCAGGACAACUCUGUGUCCUCUAGCACAGACACGCCGCAUCUUCAGACGGACUCGAUGCCCAGUCGGCCUCCUCCGGGCAAGAUCAACGCCCCCUGCCUGGAGAGACUGCUAAAAUCCACAGAGAGCAUUAUUAGCCAGAAAGGCUCUGGGGGACCGGGUGGCAUGGUGGCCAGCGGCUGGUCCUAGUCCACAGGGAUGGCUCUGGAUAAUCAGAGCCUAGCCAGUCCCCGCCGGAGUCAGUCAGUCAGUCAGUCAGUCAGUCAACUCACUCCAGUGCAAAGUGUACCGCUCCUCCAUUUCAGCCUUCAGGAGAGACACACAAAGCAGAGCAGGCCCAGCUUAGCAGCUAGAGGGACACAGCCUUUCACACACACACUGAAGUGAGAGGGAGCAUCAGCGCGCGACUGGUGUGUGUCAGUGUGUCCGCAUCAUCUAACUUGUGUGUGAGGGUUGAAUCCUUAUUGUUGGAUUACAUUGUGUGUGUGGGUGUGGAAGUGUGAGUGUGAGUGUGUGCAUUGCGAGUGUGAGUUAGGGAAGCCCUCUGAUGCUGAGCCCCCUGAGCUGUCUUUAAGGAGGAUAUCCCUGGUGAGACAGAAAGCGCAUAGACUACGGUGGCUCAGGCGGGCUGAGGCACGGAAUCGGUGAAUCUGUGAAUAAAGGCAACCAUGAGUUCAGAAAGGGAAGGGUAAAAGAGGGAGUAAUGUGUUUUUCGGGAACACUUCAGAUAUUCCAGUGUGUCAGUGAUCGCCAUUGUAGUUGUAGUUGAAAUACGUGGGUUGAAUGUGAAUUUUGCUUUUCUAUUAUUAUUUUUUUUUUUUUCAUCCACUCUGCCGAGUCGGUUGAUGUGACUGUUACUUCUUAGGUUGAAAAUUAUUCUAGCUAAGUUUUUGGUACAACGGUUCUACCUCAAUCUGACACCACGUCAACGGUUGUGUACAGGACGAACGACAACUAACGUACAUCAACAUCAAAACAGAGAGAGGGGGCCUACAAAGAUGAUGGUGAGCCAGAUUUGCCUGUAGUGCCGGAUGGAUCUCGGGUACGGGCUGCUCUGCUUGUGAGAGAGAACCCCAGGAGCUCUAGAGGCCUGACUGGUGCCAUUGUAUAGAAUGUGAACUGCAAAUUUAUUUAACUCUUUUUCUUUCUCUGAGAAUUUCCCAGUUCGAGGGCAUCCAGUGCCUGUUAAUUUGAUGUCAAGCUGUGCCUGUACACUGGUUUUGAAUUGAAACAAGAACCAUUUGGAAUACCUGCAACCUCUAAUGGAUAAACGAAAGCAAAUCAAUCAGGAACCCUCAAAACUCCUGCCAUUUCCUGUUAUCACAUUAAAUUAUUGAAAUAUUUGCCAACCGAUCCCUGUGGUCAAGUGGGACAAUGACAUUUCUGUUUGCCACAGAGCUUGGAUGAUAUCUAUCUUGAGAGGGAGAAGGUAUUCUAAGUUUGUGUAAAUAUUUGAAGUUGUUCAACUACCCUUUGCAAAGUGGCCUUUAUAGUGUGAUAUUUUAUACUUUCGAAAUAAAUGUGGUUAUAUUUGUUUGGCGUA